UAGUAAUUUAGGUGGUGGGGUUGGUUGGAUGAUUUUGGGUAGAAACUAGUACAAAUAUGAUGGUUUACGCUUUUGGAUUGUUAUUUGAUUUUUACGUUACGUUUAUCGACAUUGUACGAAGAAGUCAACAUGAAGACCUUUUUAGUAUUGGUAGCCAUUGUAUCGGCUGUGUUAGCCCAAGAUACAUACGACGCUAACCCGAAUUAUAAUUUCGAAUACGCCGUCGCUGAUCCCGUUACCGGUGACCAAAAAUCUCAAUCGGAAACUCGUAAUGGAGAUACAGUUCAAGGUUAUUACCAAUUGUUGGAACCCGAUGGAACUUACCGAACCGUGACCUAUGUCGCUGACCCAGUCGGAGGUUUCCGCGCCCAAGUUUCGAAAAAUGGUGCUCCAGGAGCCAGAAUUGCCCCAGUCCCAGCCCCAUCACCAGUCCCAGUCGCAGUCAAAAUCGCUCCUCCACCCACCGUUGUAAAAACUGUAGUUCCACCUCCAGCCCCAGCCCCAGUUGUACCCGCAGCAUCGGCUAGUUACCCAUAUUACGCCGCUUACCCCGGAUACCCCGGAUACUCGGCUUAUCCUUACUCUGGUUAUCCGUACUCGUAUUACAAUGGAUAUUAUCCUUAUUACUCUGGUUACUACCCAUACGCGUACAAAAAAUGAAAAUAGACCGAAACCGAAAACCGAAACCGUUUGUGUAACAUUUUGUGUGAUUCUAUAUUUAAUAUUAAUUUGUAAGAUUCGUUUUAAUAAAUCUUUUUUUUUAACUUCUCA